AUGAACUUCAUCAGUAACUCCAGCAGUACAGAAAAUGGCUUUGUGUCAUUUUUAAGCAACCUGGUGUGUAAGGUGUCCGACUUCGGCCUGAGUCGAGUUCUGGAGGAUGACCCAGAGGCUGCCUACACCACGAGGGGAGGGAAGAUCCCCAUCAGGUGGACAGCUCCAGAGGCCAUAGCCUACAGGAAGUUCACCUCAGCCAGCGAUGUGUGGAGUUACGGUAUCGUCAUGUGGGAGGUGAUUUCAUACGGAGAGAGACCCUACUGGGAGAUGUCCAACCAGGAUGUGAUCAAAGCAAUAGAUGAGGGCUACCGUCUUCCCGCUCCGAUGGACUGUCCUGUGGUUUUGCACCAGCUCAUGUUGGACUGCUGGGAGAAGGGACGCAGCGACAGGCCAAAGUUUGGACAGAUCGUCACAAUCCUGGACAAGCUCAUCAGAAACCCGGCCAGCCUCAGAGAGCUGGCCAACAGCUCAGAAUGGGAGGACCCGACCACCCCAGAGUUCAGUGUGAACACAGUGGAUGAGUGGUUGGAGGCCAUCAAGAUGGGCCAGUAUAAGGAGAACUUUUCCAGUGCUGGAUAUGUCAGCUUGGACUCAAUCCUCUACAUCAGCGUCAGUGAAUUGGCUAAAAUGGGGGUGAAUCUUGCCGGCCACCAGAAGAAGAUUUUGUCCAGCGUGCAGACCCUGCAGACCCAGGGGACGCACGUUCAAGUAUAACAGUUUCCACAGAAACACACAGUGAGACAGAGCCAAAAUGGAUGCUCCGUAUGAAGAGUUUCCCCACUUAAAUGGAGUUGUUAUGGAUACUCUGUGCUCUGGGCCUCCAUUGAUUUUGAGACACCCUGAGUUGGAGACAACAUGGACGCUUGACUCCUUCAUCUCCUCGCAAUUUCACCAUUCUUCCUACCCUCGAUGGGCACCACUGGCUUUAGCAUUCAGUAACCCAGCCACCAUUAUGGAGCUACAAAGAGACACACGUCCAACAACAAGGCCACAUCUAGAGCAUCCCAGACCAUUUCACUUCAUAUCAGCCAAUAAAGAAUUCUUAACAGAGGAAAUGACAAAAAAAAAAGAAUCAGAAUAUAAUUAUCAUCACUGUCUGUGAGGUGUACAGUUGUUGUUUUUUUACUGUCAUUUUGUUUCUGUUCUGAGUUUUCACCUUGAAGAGUUUAAAAAGGGUCAGAAGAUAUGUAUAUGUGUAGAUAUAUGUUUAUAUGGGCUGUGUGUCCCACAACAGUAGAGAUGGACCUAACGUUUGUAAUGGUGGAGAGGUUUAAUGGGAGUUAUAACUUAGUACCGGUACUUGUAUGGCCCCUUCCAUUGCUCUCUUUAUACAGAGAGUCAAUAAGUGAGCCGAGAUUAUGGAUAUCAUGAAUGUGUGGGUGGGGUGAACAGGAAAAUGGACCUUUAGAGAUAGACAGGGAUGUAGAUUUUGCCAGCUCAUGAAGGAUGGAAGUAUGAAUCAUUUGAAUAGAGUUUUGACCAGGACAAGGGCUUCCCUAGUGACUGCUCUCAGACACACUUCCACAGCAACUAGACCCAGAGCACCUUUGCUAGUCUGCUUGCACUUUUGAUGUUUAUCGGGGGCAAAUAAACAGCGGAAACUGCUUAAGCUGCAGUUACAGCACAGAUACAUUUUACUCUUCCAUCACAAGCUGUCUAUUCUAAACAACAUUGUCUAUUCGGCUGUCGCAGUAUGAUGUUGUUAGGAAUAUUUCAGCUUAAAAGUUUGCCUUCCGAUGUUUCAGGUGUGAUAAGAAAGUUAUAGUGUUUCGUGUUAAGAAAAGGUGUUGCCAAGGUCAUUCUAGAGUGACACUGUUGAGAAAGUGUUUAUCCAGUGUUGUGCCAUGUACAGUUAACAUUGACAUUUUCAUCUGGGCAACAUACCACCAUUACUACUAUACUCAGUCCUAUCAUCAGUUCAAACGGCUGGAUGUUAACAUAAGGCCAGUCUCAGUAAUUACAAUGUUUUGUUCAAGUCUUCUUUAUGAAAAAGAGCAUUGGAAUGGACGCUUUUUUUUCAGCAAGAGGAAAUAUAUAUAUACGCUGUGUAGACUUUCAGCUGUGCAACCACGAGAGGGUGAAAAGUACUUAAAAAAGAUGAUUUGUGCGUCUUGUACUGUCUCACAUUCUUGUUAUCAGUCAACCUAUUUCAAGCAUCACUAGUUUCAAUCCAUUACUGAUAAGGUACAUUUACAAAACAAUGUUUACAGCAAAUACAUAAAUAAAUUGGUUUGUUGGUUUUUCCUUAUCAGAAGGAAACUGCUGCUUUUCACAUUAAAUACAAGCUUAGAUAUGAUGGGACCCUCUUUGUGUGCACUGCAUUAAUGGCACUGAACCUGCUUAAGCGUACUCCCAGACCCCAGUUUUAAUAUAUGUGGUACUCUAUAGGACCAACGGUGUCAUAUAGUACAGUAUAUAUGAUUGUAUUAUAGUGUAAAAUAUGUACAGAGUUGAUUUCCAAUGUUAGAAUGUUUGUAAUGAUAACGAUGAUAAUGACUAUGAUGUACUUUUAUUGUGAAAAAGAGAUUUCUGAAGUACUCGUUCAGGGGCGUGUCGUACAGGAGAAAAUAGCAGGGAGGUGAUUCGUUGGUCUGAACAAAGGAAUGUAGCAUGGUGCGAUGCUUCUGCUUUGAUUGACAGGUAACAAUGAGUGCAGUUUCAACCAUAGUGUUAGAAUGAGUAGAAUGGACUUUCCUUAUUGAUUCACUGGCUUCAUUUGCAUACGUCCCUUAAACAGUAAUUACAAGCACUUUCUAAGCCUGUGUCCACCUACAAAACAACUUGUUAAGUGCUUUCUUGGUGAUAUAAAGAUGGAAGAGGGGAGGUUGAGAUAAGAGACAUGCUCAAAUUGAUGCAUUAGCUAAACCCCUCCACAAAGCAGAAAUUAUCCAAUCAAAUCUUGGCAACUAUAACUAGGCACGACAGACCUGUCUAGCUUUGUAUUUCUCCGCAUGCUGAAGCGACUCGCAUGCAAUAACAGCUUGUAACUUGGCAUUUAAAGAGUUUCCAGGGUGUUGACCUUUUGUUCAACCGUUCCUUAAACGCAACAGCAAAAGCAUAAGGAAUGGAUUUAACAGUUUGUUUGUCUGUUCUAUUAUAAACUGCAUGUCGGAAUAACAAGUUUACCAUCUUCAAUAGUAUUCCAACAUCGCUUCCAAGGCCAAGGUGUUGUGAUGAAUAUGAAAAUAAAACCCUUUUUGACCAUCUUUACAGGGUUUUCAUUGAUUAGUUAGCUACAGCUAAAAGAGUAAAUCAUGCCAGUGACAGUUUUCCUAUAACUCAAAACGACUAUGCCAUUUCAAAAAAGAAAGCUUGACAGGCGUUGCAAGAGUAACUGUAGGGAACAUUAAUUUCCACCACUGUAUAGCUUGUUACUUGUGCAUUCUCUGCCCCAUUGGUUCAGAAUACAAUACAAAAUACAAUUCACAGAGUCUGAAACUGUUGGUACAUUCUACUCUUGCUAACUCUAUGAUUUCACUCAAGCGGACUACCCUUGACAGCUGGCCUUUUAGAUGCCUUAUUUACUGAGCUAGUGUUCUUUUCUGUUGCCCUAUAGAGGCGAUAUUAAGAGUAUAGUAUAUGUACAGGUAGUAUUUAUCUGUGUUCUUAAGAUGACCUCACAUCAACACCCUGGUUUUGUAUAAUCCCAAGACCGGCUCCAACAGCACCUUCACUAUGAAGCAGAACCAUGUCCUUUUUGUCCUUAAAACAGUGUAAUGAAUCUUAAAGCUGUAAUUGCUGAUUGGGAAACUAUCCUUAUUUAUUUGAUUUGUUUGAUAGGCUGCUCUAAGUUGCAAACUAUUUUCACAUGCAGCAAUCCUAAUGCAAAGUCAGAAUUAGAAAUGUCACUCAGAAAAUAUUGCAAAAAUGACCUCCCUUUGUACAAUCUUUUACACUUAAGAGAGGUCAAAGUCCACACCUUGAUUUCAACUCCAAAAAAAAGAUGCCAGUUUUGUGUCACUAUUCACCAUCAGGGUUAACAAUGUGGGUUUGUUUGCUUGAUCUCAAAUACAGUGUGUGUCCUCUAUUCCCCACCAGGUCUGUAUUGUAAGUGUUCAUGAGUGAUUCUCAUUCAAAAAAUGCAGAUCUCUGUCUCUCUCUCUCUCCUCGUCCCUCUCUCUUAUGCCACCUUACAAUGCUUAUUUGUCCCCAUGCCAGUCUCCUCUGCGUUGCUUGUUGUAAAGGGUGUAGGCAUUCUAAUGUCUUUCAUGUUGCUGUAAUAAAUAUGCUAAUAUUUCUAAUUUCUCA